AUGAACCGGAAUCGCCCUCCAAACGCCGAUCUAGCGUCCGACACCAACCUCAUCCGCUCUUACGCAACCAGCCUUGUUGUUUCUGGACAGACAGUGGCAGUACUGAUGCACAACUAUGGUGGUCAAGUCGGGACAAAUUCUAUCUACGGGCUGAGCAGGGAGGCCCGCGCUGCCAAGGGCCAAAGAGGAGGCAUUUCCCAUUUGAUAUACAUGGCAGCUUUCGCUCUUCCAGAAGGAAAGAGCGUGAUUGACAAAGUGGCAGAGUUUGGUCACAUAGAUCGCAUUCCAGUCGCAUUUGCCUUUGAUGAUGACCAGAGCUGUGUGCCCAACUACCCAAAGGAAGGCCUCGUUGGCGAGCCCUACAAAUAUUGCUCGCGCCCAUAA